AUGAAAGCCGCAAAUGUUGAUGCAGACGUCCUACAAACCUUAACGAGAGAAGAUUUAAAGGACCUCUUUCCUGGGCCGGAACACUUUCGAAGAAGAAAAGCCAUUUGGGACCUGGCCCACCCUGUGGAGCAGGCAACAGAAGAAAGUGGGACUGACUGCCUGCAAUACCCCACAAAAGAGGGGCUGCAGGCCAUGGCCAGACGAAUCAUGGACUACUAUCCAAUGGUCGCUGACUGGGCAGACACCAGCUGUCCAUGGUCCAAUAUUUUCAAGAAGCUCAACAAGAGACUACAAAACAUCAAGUCUCCACAAAAAUGGCAAGGAGCUACACCAUCGAGAGGCAAUGGGAAAAGAAGACGCCUUUCUUUUGAGAAUACUACAGGCAAGGAACUCACAGACGAGGGAGAAGAACCGGUCUUGGACUUGAGCCCGUGUGCUUCAAAGGUCUCUCCAAGUAGCACCAUUUGCACCCCAGAAAGGCCACAAGUUCAGUCGCCUAAUACGGCCAGCGAGAACCUAGUUAAAUCAGGUCCCAAACUGCACGACAGCCGGAUUGCCCAGGCCAGACACUAUAAAACACUGCAAGAAAUGUUUCGAAAGCCAAAACAAGACAAGGAGGCAGUUGCUCAACUGUUGGAUUUAGAAUUUGAAGCAAGGAGAAACUUCAUAGAUGCAGACCUGCUAAAAGAGCCGGACAAGGCAGCUAAGAUAAUUGACGCCUAUCCCUGCUUCAAAGACAUUGACAAUGCCCUCGACGAAGUGGGGAGAAUAAUUGCCAAAGGACAGCACAACUAUGUUAUGGAGCUGAGAGAGCGCUGGGAAGUCUUCAAGCAAAAAUUAAUCUUCUAUGCUGUUUACAAGAAGGCAAUGAAAUCACCGAUGUCACUUUCUAAAGAAGAACAAGCAAUUGAGCUACUGAAGUGCCUCCCAGUGCUAUUUCCUUCUAAUGCUGCCCUUCCAAAGAAACUGUCCAAUGCAUCGGACGCCCUGUUCCAUAUCUUAUUGCCAUUACAGGAACCAGGAAUGUUUCUUCAGAAGCGACCUCUCUGCACUCCAGUCCUGCUCGUUGAUGAGGAUGGCUGCUUCAUAUCCACAACACGGUGGAGCGGCUGCGACCGGCUGGACGCUCACAGCCUCUCGCAGUCGCUGGACGCUCACAGCCUCUCGCAGUCGCUGGACGCUCACAGCCUCUCGCAGUCGCUGGACGCUCACAGCCUCUCGCAGCCGCUGGACGCUCACAGCCUCUCGCAGCCGCUGGACGCUCACAGCCUCUCGCAGCCGCUGGACGCUCACAGCCUCUCGCAGCCGCUGGACGCUCACAGCCUCUCGCAGCCGCUGGACGCUCACAGCCUCUCGCAGCCGCUGGACGCUCACAGCCUCUCGGAGCCGCUGGACGCUCACAGCCUCUCGCAGCCGCUGGACGCUCACAGCCUCUCGCAGCCGCUGGACGCUCACAGCCUCUCGCAGCCGCUGGACGCUCACAGCCUCUCGGAGCCGCUGGACGCUCACAGCCUCUCGCAGCCGCUGGACGCUCACAGCCUCUCGCAGCCGCUGGACGCUCACAGCCUCUCGCAGCCGCUGGACGCUCACAGCCUCUCGCAGCCGCUGGACGCUCACAGCCUCUCGCAGCCGCUGGACGCUCACAGCCUCUCGCAGCCGCUGGACACUCACAGCCUCUCACAGCCGCUGGACGCUCACAGCCUCUCGCAGCCGCUGGACGCUCACAGCCUCUCGCAGCCGCUGGACGCUCACAGCCUCUCGCAGCCGCUGGACACUCACAGCCUCUCACAGCCGCUGGACGCUCACAGCCUCUCGCAGCCGCUGGACGCGGAAGCUGCUCAUUACAAAGCGGCCGCAGAUGCCCCGGAACACUGCGGCCGCUGA